AUGAUUGCAAGUUAUGAUAUACGAUCAUCAUGUAAUGAUUCAUAUGCAUCGGAAUGUAGUUCAAUAAAACCAUCCGGUAUAAUAUCACCAAGUGACAUACCUGAUUCACCACCAUGUGAACCAGAAAUUAUAGAAGAAGAACAUGAACAUAUAAAACAUAAUAAUCGUACAUUAACUAUGAAUACAACAUCAAGUCAUAAUCGAACAACAAUGAUGGGUGAAACAGUUAUUGAAAAAACUUUUAUAUUUAAUCAACAUGAAUUAAUUUCAAAUCAAAAUAAUGAUAAUGAUGAUAGUGAACAUCUUGAUGAAGUUAUUGUUUAUUCAUAUGACACAUAUGAUAUGAAUCAAAAUCAUAUUAAUAAAUCAUUCUAUAAUAAAGAAAUGAUAUUUAAUGAUGAUAGUUAUCGUGUAUUUAAUAGUCAAAUUGAUGAAAAUGAUUUAUUCAUAGAUGAUAAUGAUAUACAAAAUGAGUCAUCAUUUAAUGUUCCUUUACAUGAAAAUUUAAGUGUUAUUACAGAAGAAUCUUCUUUUAUUGAAGAUAAUCUUAAUUCUAAUGAUGAAACUAAUAGUAUUAAAAUUCUUUAUGAUCUUAUUAAAAAACCACAUUGGACAAAUAAAAAUAAUUUAAUCGAACAACAAUUAUUAACUAAUACAUCAGCAAUUCCUAAUACUUCAUUCAGUAGUAGUCCUAGUAGUCUUAGUCUUGACAGUAAUAAUCAAACAGAUAAUGAUGAUGAUGAUGAAUAUGAUCCAGAAAAAGGACGACAAUUAAUACAACGUCUUAUUGAAGAAACACUUGCUCGAAGAUCUCUACAAACAGAUUUUUUUCAUUCACCUUCAUGUGUACUUUGUCCAUCAAAUACACCAAUGACUAUACCAACACGAAGUGUAUCAUCAUCCUCAUCAAGUUCAAUAUCAACAUCGACGAAAUCUUGUACAUGUAUAACGAAUAGAUCAUCAAAUAUAAUUCAACAGCCACAACGUAGUCAAAGUUCACCAGCUAGACCUUCAGCCAUUGUUGUUGAUGAAUCAAAACGACAGCCAAUCAAAUCAAAAGAGAAGACAGUACAUCAUACUCGUUCAUCAUUUUUACGUCUUCGCCAAGCUCAACAAAAUAAACGACUCUAUCAACAAGAUAAAAGAUUCUAG